CUGAAGCAAACGGAAUAUUGUUGGCGCACUAGCUCUACUAAAACUUGUUUUUACAUUCAUUCGUCGGAAAAACGAUACCGACAAGAUGCAAAGUAACGUAAAGAACAUUUUCGAUAGCUUCAACGAUUAUCUCGUGAAGGAACAGGAGCUACGCACGGAAAUACGCGAUAUCGUGCGAGAUAUCGACCAGGCGGCUAAGGAGGCUGCGAUCGCACUGCAAGUUAUUCACAGCAGCAUUUCCGACGUGUCGGCCGCUUGUGCUACCGCCAGGGAACGCUUCGACACAUGCCGCACCGGGUACAAGAAGCUGGCAGAAUUAAUCCCGGUGGGACAGUACUACCGCUACCAUGAUCACUGGCAUUUUAUGACGCAGCGAAUUGUGUUCCUUAUCGCGCUCACCAUCUACCUGGAGAAAGGCUUCCUCGUCACUCGGGAAACAGCGGCUGAGGUUCUUGGACUUCAUGUUGAUCAAAAGGAUGGCUUCCAUUUGGAUAUCGAGGACUAUUUAGUGGGUGUUUUGCAACUUGCGUCGGAACUGAGCCGCUAUGCAGUCAACUCUGUCAUCUUGGGAGAUUAUGAGAAACCCCUGACGAUUUCCAAGUUCGUAGCCGAUCUUAAUUCAGGAUUUCGACUGCUCAAUCUUAAAAAUGAUUCCUUGCGAAAACGCUUCGACGCGCUAAAGUACGACGUCAAAAAGAUUGAAGAAAUCGUGUACGACAUAAGCAUCCGGGGACUGCGUGCAGAACCAGCGCCAGCUCCUCCAGCUGUCCAGGAGGCUACAGAAGCACCAAAAUAGUGCGGAAAAUUUUUUUUUUCAUUCGUAGGCUUAAGAUUCAUUCUCCAUUUCCACUUUGAGAGAACAAAGGUCAAUGCGAAAUAAAGAUUCCCUACUUCUGGUAAAAUGCA